AAGCAGUGCUCUUCAUACUUUCUAAUUAUCAUUAUUUUGACGUUAUCGAUAAUCAUUAUCUUAGCGAUCAUACUUGGUCGUGUUGUUUAUAGAUAUAAAUGGAAGAUUUUAUAUAUGUACUACGUAGCAAAGGAUGCGUAUAAAGAUGAUGUUCUUAGAGAAGACGCAAUAGAAGAAAAUCAAUAUAAAUUUCAUGCAUUUGUAUCUUAUGCCGAUGAAGACAGCACAUUUGUUGUCGACAUUUUAAAGCGUUUGGAGAAGGAAUUCGAUCUUCAACUGUGUAUACAUCAUCGCGAUUUUAUCCCAGGGACAGGUAUAGCAGAUAAUAUCACAAAUGCCAUUCAUAAUAGCCGAAGAACUGUCUGCGUCAUAACUGCACAUUUCUUAAAAUCAUAUUGGUGUAUGUUCGAACUCAACAUGGCUCGCAUGGAAGCAUUUUAUUCCCAAAACGGUGAAAACGUUUUAGUUUUGGUGGCAUUAGAGAAGGUAUCAUGAAAAAAAUUACCGCUGUCCGUCAUGGAUCUGAUUGAGUCAAAAUCUUAUAUAGAAUUUCCAGAGGGGGAUGAAGAUGAAAUAACAGCAUUUCGAUAUAAACUUGGUGAGACGCUCAGAUCAUAUAACAAUUACGCUUAA